CUGCCCCUCCCUUCGCAAAGAAGCUAGCCCCACAGAGUCACUAGGUGCUACAAACGGGAUCUCACCCAGCCGGCACCAUUCCACUGUAGAAUCAGCCAACGUGACAUCCAGAGGGGGAGACAAGUUCACACAAGGAUACUUUUCAUGCAAUGUCAGCAUCAGCUGAAUGUUGGAGUGAUUCGCGGCCUCGGCACCCUUGGUACAAAGAAAGACUACAUAAAAAAUUCCUCAAAGAAUCCAACCCAAAGUUGAACUUCUCUGGAGCCUUCAACAGCCACCAUUGGAAAUUUUUACCAAAGGGCCUGGAUGAUUUCCGAGAUGGCUACCCCCCACCCUCUGACACUACCCAUAGUCAAUUACCUAACUGUACAGGCCCGGCUCCCAUUUUGAAUAGCAGACUUAAUGAUCCUGCAUUAGCAGAGAAGAAACUAAAGCAAAGGUUUACCAAGGAACAGACUUGUUUCUCUAAGCUCCUCCCAUUACAGCAAGCUCGUAGGGAGUACAUUGCAGAGAUAGAGUAUGGCCUUACACAACAUCCACUGGCUCUUUACCCUCACCUAGAAGAAGGACUUCCUGCUGAACUAUUUGAGGAAGUAGUAGAGAUCAUUGACCCUGAGAUGAGAAUAAGAAGUUCUGCUGGGUCCUAUGAACAUGUAUUAGAGGAGCAAGAAGAUGAGGGGGACACUUCACGCCAUGAGCAACAAGAAACCCAGAGUGCAAAGUCAAGGGAUCUAAGCACCAGAACCUCAGUGAUGAGUGAACAGUCCAGAUCAAAAAACCCCUACGUUUGGCUUUCAAAGGAUGAAGAUGAGUGUGUAAAGGAAGACAAGAAGAGCAAGAUAAAGAGGAGUUUGACUCCUGCACUAGAUGAGAAUGUCAAAAGUGUGGCUAAGGAGUACUGUAAUUGGGUGGUGUCUUUGGGUGGAGAACAAUGUAAUAUCAAUGAAUCUACCAUCUUCAGUCUGUUUGCUAGUGGGUUUGAUACUAAGCCAGCACUCAGCAUCCCAAUCCAUGUGGUAGAACUUAAUAAUGUGCCACCAGAGCUGAGAGUCUCAGCAGGAGCCACACCUACUCAAAGUGCUUUGGGUGCUCAACGCAGAAAUCGAAGAGAACAAUAUCAGGAACCCAUAUACCAACCAAGCUGGAUGAAAACAAAGUAUGGUGCUUGGUACUUGGACCCUAAAACAUGGAAGAAGCAGACAAUCAAUGAAUCUUUAAAGGAUCCAAAAGAUGAAGACAUAAACAAAAAUGUACAUUCAAAAGGCAGCCUUAACCCUAAGGAUGAAGAAUUGUUACAACUUUACGGAACAGCAGCUUUUAAAGAUUUUCUGAAAAACAGAGGUUACCGGAGCCCAGAGUUCCUCAACAAAUUAUUUCCUGAGGAGGACACUGGUGGUCCUGUAAGUGUCUUCUCAAGGGAAUCCAGAGCAGAGUCUACUGCAAGAAGUACCUGGAUUAGAUCUACAUCAGCCUCCACCCAUGAAGAAAGUCUUAUAAACUAGCCUGCUUCUUGAUACUCUCUAUUAUAGGGCUGUCAACUUUGCUUUACACUCUUGCCUUGUUCUAAUAAAUGGGAAAAACCUGC